AUGCAGCGACGAUCCAAAACUCGAACACCAUUGAGUGAGACUAGCACACGGCUGCCUGGCUUCGACUCUCCCUCGGCACGACGCGGGCUCCAGAUGUCUCGCAAGUCUUUGUAUAGAGGAGGGCCAUAUGACAGCUGGUCAAUCCUAGCCGGUGGCAUGCCUAGCUUCCAGGGAUUCAGAGGCGAAAAUGACCACCAUCGGACCAACCUCCCCGGCUGCUACAAGGAGCACAGUCUAACAUGGUCCGAUGGAGUGCCGACAUCCUACUUCCGAGGGACAGUUCCUUCCGACACCCACUUCCCAGAUAUCUCAGCCGAGAAGGGCAAAGGUUUCUUUUUGGUUGUUAUGGUUUUGACCAUCUUCUUCCCACCUGUGGGCGUACUCGCACUCUGGGGUGUGUUUGACUCCACUAUCUCGUGGUGUACGCAUGGCGAACUAUCUGUUUUUACUGUUGACCAGCGAGGGACACUGAAGCAACAGCUUGUUGUGGAGGCGAUCCUUUAUCCUGUGCUCAUCAUUGCUCUGGCCGUGUCUUAUUCUCUCGCUGGCUAA